CACGCGCUGUGUGAUGUCAAAAAGGCUUUUCGGGGAUCUUCGUUCCUUCCCCCAAGCCUGCGCGCCUGCAUGUUGCAGCAAAGAGUGACCGCAUGCGCGUGCGACAAAAGUCACGCUCACCGCUCGAGUUACUCAUCGUGCAUGUCGGCCAUGCUGCUGUAGACUCUUCUUGCUUCCUACAAGCAUGCCGUCGACGCUCAUCGUGCAUCUGUCGCUUCUUCGCAACUUGCUUUUCUAACGACUUCCUUCUUGCACGCCUGUUACGACUCACGAUUUCACGACCCACUCGCGCGUUGCUGCCUGCUUCUUUCGGUCGCUCUAUUCAUUUAGUCCGUGAAGGUCACUCGACUACUGUGACUAUCGACUGCAGUGCUGCCUUAUAGUCCACCAAUCGCCCGCCCUGGCCGCGUGUAUAUAUGAUACUCGCUAUAUCCUGAGUUGCUCACCCUGCCCAUCUUAACCUGCUUUUCUUGCUGCAGCAGAUCGUCGCUGUCACAAAGUCAAAAGCCGCACCUUGCAGCAGAGCA